AUGGAUAUUGAAAUACACAGACAAUUUCGACAUGCAGCAAUUGCUGCAGUAACAAUAUCAAUAUUUUCGGUUUCAUUGGCAAUUUUGACAGUACCAUUUCUCUAUAGCUAUGCAAAUUAUUUACAUUCGAAAAUUUUGGAUGGAACAGAAUUUUGUAAAAUGAGUUCACGAGAUAUGUGGUCCGAAAUGUAUGCUAUUCGAAAUCAACGUCAGAUAAGAAGACGUGAAAAACGUGGUUGGUUAUUUGGACAAUGGCGUGAUGAUGGUAUUGGUAAUGCAGGUGGAAAUGGUGCUUAUGGUGCACCUGCAGCGCCUGUAUAUGAACCACCAGCAGCACCAGCACCACAAAAGGAAGUAGUAGUACAAAUGAUGCGUUGUAUGUGUAAACAUGGACCACCUGGACCACCAGGACCACCAGGAGAUGAUGGUAAAGAUGGUGGAGAUGGAAAACCUGGAAGGCAUGGAAAUUCUGGAAGAGAUGGUAAUGUGAUGCCGCAUGAUGGUUUGAAGAAGGAACCUUGUGUAAUUUGUUUGCCUGGUCCACCUGGACCAGCGGGACAACCUGGUAAUAAAGGACCACCAGGAUUGCGCGGUGAAACAGGACAGCCAGGUCAUGAUGGAAAAAAAGGAAAUCGAGGAAUGACUGGACAACCUGGUUCAAUCGGCCGAGUCGGUGAACCUGGACCUAGAGGUAAAAAAGGCGAAGAUGGGAAAGUUAUUAAAGUAGAAGGACCUGCUGGUACUCCGGGACCCGAAGGACCAAUUGGACAACCUGGUGUAAAAGGACCAAAGGGAGAACGUGGACGGACUUCACCCGGACCUGAAGGACCACCCGGCGAGGAUGGGAAAAAAGGUAGAAGUGGUAAAAAAGGAUCACAAGGAUUACCAGGACCGAGAGGCUUACGUGGCAUUGAUGGUAAUUGCGAUCAUUGCCCACUACCACGAACUCCACCCGGCUAUUGA